CAGGAAGCAAAUGUGUGUAACUGAAAUACACUGGCAGUAGUGUACUUUUACAUAGACCUUUCUCUGAACUUUUGCAUCCUUUUAAAUAUAUAUUAAAAUUGUGAAAUGGUGUAGAGCUGACGUGUGAAGAAUGCUAGUUAGAAUUAAUAUGUCAGUUUGGAGACAGCUCUACUCAGUAAGUAAGGUAGGGUUUGAAAAACAGAACAGAAAGUAACCUGUUAUAUGCUGCCUUUCAAACAAGUGAUAAUGGUUGGUUGUAUAUCACACUAUUUUCUGUCUCUUUCAGAAGAUACAGAAGACAGAUGAAAAAUCACCCUGUCCUGAGAGUGAGGCCUGUAUUUGCAUAGUUUUGGCUUAGUUGUGGAAUUUUCCAUCCAAGGAUUAUCUUCCUUGGUCGUGACAAUUUAUUACCUGUUUUUAUUCGAUGGGGCAACGAAUUCACUUUGUGGUUGACCCUCAGGGUUGGUGCUGCAUGGGCCUAAUUAUCUUCGUCUGGCUGUACAAUACAAUCUUCAUUCCAAAGGUCAUCCUUUUUCCUCAUUACGAAGAGGGAAAUAUUUCAGUUGUGGCAGUUUUGUGUUAUUACUUCUGCUCAUUGUUUUGUAUAGCUUCAUUAUUUAGAGCCUCAGUAGCAGAUCCAGGAAAACUACCUGAAAAUCCAAAGAUACCAAUUACAGAACGAGAACGUUGGGAGUUAUGCUACAAAUGCAAUAUGAUGAGACCAAAGCGUUCACAUCACUGCAGUCGCUGUGGACAUUGUGUGAGGAGGAUGGAUCACCACUGUCCAUGGAUUAAUAAUUGUGUUGGUGAAGACAAUCACUGGCUGUUUUUACAGCUGUGUUUCUAUACCCAGAUCCUUAGUUCCUACACGCUGAUACUUGACUUCUGCCAUUACUACUACUUUUUGCCGCUGAAAAAGGAAAACUGGGAUAUGUUUGUAUUUAGACAUGAACUUGCUCUCCUAAGAAUAUCUGCCUUCAUGGGUCUGAUAAUAUUAGGUGGAAUAAGUCGACUCUUUUACACUCAGCUAAUGGGUAUUUUCACUGACACUACAAGUAUAGAAAAAAUGUCAAACUGUUGUGAAGACAUAUCGAGGCCCCGAAAGCCAUGGCAGCAGACCUUCUCAGAAGUUUUUGGCACUCACUGGAAGAUCCUGUGGUUUAUUCCUUUCAGGCAGAGGCAGCCACUGCGAGUUCCCUACCACUUUGCCAAUCAUGUCUAAACAGAUGGAUGGUGGGUGCAGAUGGGUCCUCCAUGUUGGAAGUACAUUACAGGUUUUAUGAUAAUGGGACUAUGACAGUCUUCAAGUCAGUUAAAAUCCAGUUGUAGGCAUCACAGUGUGCCCUGGGCAUUCCUUUAGCUAUGGUCUUGAUUCCAUUCUGAAAUUAAUGCAAGUUAAACCAUCAACUUCAGGCUUAUUUACUUUCAAAUUAGCUUUCCAAAGAGAUUCCUUUUGCCUUUGAGGUUAAUACCAAAAGCAAACAACUGGAAAAUAGUCUUCAUCCAGUUUGAUGCUGGCACUUUUUUUUCUUUUUUUUUUUUCUUUUUUUUCUUUCUUUUUUAUUUUUUGUGUAGGAAGUACUGAAGUUUGCAUUGGUUAGAUUUCUCACUAAGUGUCUUAUUCUGCCUUGAAAUUUUUCUUUUAGGAUUUUUAUCAGUAGGUCUGUCUGGAAAAUAAUAAUAAUAAUGUGGGGUUUUUUCCUGCUACAUACGUUUAAAAGUCCAUGUUUCUGUCAGUUAUUUAUGAUAAGCAAAAGUAAUCCUACAGCACUGCACUAUAAAAGGUAACAUUUAAAGCUGAAGCAGAGUACUUCCUAAACCUUUCUUGGAGAGGUUUUGUAAAGGCACACAAAUGUGUGUGUUUACAUAGAGAACAGUUUACAGUUUAUAGUUACCUUUUGGCCUAGAUAUGAUGUUAGUGAAAAGUGUUCAUCUGUUUAUGUCAGUGAGGGGGAUUAAAUAUUUCGGGGGAACUAUGCAAGUAAAAAGCAUGUUUUCCCUAAAUCCCAAGGAUUCAAAUCAGCAAUAAUCAGCAAAGAAGUUGCAUGGUGCAAAUACUAGAAUGAUUACUUUUGAGAAAUAGAGGUGUAAUUAGUUAGUAUAAUGUACCAUAAAGAAGAGUAUAUUGUCAGUAAAGUUAAAAAUUUUAUAAUUACUUUUCUUUAGUCCUGAUUAGCUGAAAUUGGUCUAAAUGUUUGUAUAUUGAAAAUAAAAGUAAUUAAAAAUAUUUAUACAAAAAUAUAGAUUUGCUACUAACAUGAACAGUGAAGUCUAUUAACACAUUUAAUAGGGUACUGUGUUGGUGUAGAUAGCAUGUUGUUUGUUUAAAUAUGGAAGUAGGUUAACCAAAGAAAGCAUCUUUCAGAUCUGGUAAAAUGAUACCUAUUUCCAAAGUACCAGCUCAGUCUUCUUGUGUCUGGAAAAAUUAUGUACUUACUUUAGCGCUCUGUAUCUAUACAACUAUUCGCUUCAGAUGAUUGUGAAAACUACUAUGGAUUUCUAGGAGAAAUUCACAGUUCAGUGUUUCCAGUUAUACUGCUUA